CUGCGCGGGUGAGGUUUGUCCCGUCUCGGCUGCCGUCCGCUCCCCUUGCCCUCCCUCUCCCUGGGCCCGCCAUAUUGUGGCCGCCGCAACUCGGGAGCCGCCGCCUGAGGAGCCGCGAUGGAAACCAUGGCGAGUCCUGCGAAGGAUAACUAUCGAAUGAAGAGUUACAAGAACAAAGCCCUAAAUCCCGAGGAAAUGCGUCGGAGAAGAGAAGAGGAAGGAAUUCAACUGCGCAAACAGAAACGAGAGCAACAGGUAACUGUCAUCUUGACUAGCUUGUGUACAGCCUUAACACAACCAAGAUUGUGCUGCUGCCAAACUGGAAUCUUCAAGGAUCUGUGCAUUAAGCUUUUUAAAAGAAGAAAUGUGGAGCUGAUCAAUGAAGACGCCUCCAUGUUUGAUAGUCUCCUUGUGGAUUCCUACGUUAGUUCCACAACAUGUGGGGAGGGAGUGAUCACAAGAGAGAUGGUAGAAAUGCUUUUCUCAGAUGACCCUGACCUGCAGCUAGCAACCACUCAGAAAUUCAGGAAGCUACUCUCCAAAGAGCCAAAUCCUCCAAUAGAUGAAGUGAUAAACACUCAGGGAGUGGUGGACAGAUUUGUUGAAUUCCUGAAAAGAAGUGAAAAUUGCACACUACAGUUUGAAGCAGCAUGGGCACUGACGAAUAUUGCAUCAGGAACUUCCCAACAAACUAAAAUAGUAAUCGAGGCUGGGGCAGUUCCUAUAUUUAUAGAGCUACUAAACUCUGACUUUGAGGACGUUCAAGAGCAGGCUGUCUGGGCGUUGGGGAACAUUGCGGGAGACAGCUCUGUGUGUAGAGAUUAUGUCCUUAACUGCGCUAUUCUUCCUCCCUUAUUAAUGCUCCUUACGAAGUCCACUAGGUUGACAAUGACACGAAAUGCUGUCUGGGCCUUGUCAAACUUGUGCAGAGGAAAGAGUCCACCACCUGAAUUUGAUAAGGUAUCUCCCUGCCUGCCAGUGUUGUCCCGAUUAUUAUUCAACAGCGACUCUGACUUGCUGGCAGACGCAUGUUGGGCUCUUUCCUACUUAUCAGAUGGCCCCAAUGAGAAAAUUCAAGCAGUUAUUGACUCGGGAGUGUGUCGGCGACUGGUGGAGCUGUUAAUGCACAAUGACUACAAAGUGGCCUCCCCAGCUUUGCGAGCAGUUGGCAACAUCGUGACAGGGGAUGACAUCCAGACCCAGGUGAUUCUGAACUGUUCAGCCUUGCCUUGUCUCCUUCAUUUAUUAAGCAGUCCCAAGGAGUCAAUCAGGAAAGAAGCCUGCUGGACUAUAUCUAACAUCACGGCAGGAAACAGAGCACAAAUACAGGCAGUCAUAGAUGCAAACAUUUUCCCGGUACUGAUAGAAAUCUUGCAGAAAGCAGAAUUCCGCACGAGGAAAGAGGCAGCAUGGGCUAUUACAAAUGCAACGUCAGGAGGAACUCCCGAACAGAUCAGGUAUUUGGUAAACUUGGGUUGUAUCAAACCUCUUUGUGACCUGCUGACUGUCAUGGACUCCAAGAUUGUUCAGGUGGCAUUGAAUGGCCUGGAGAACAUCCUGAGGCUUGGAGAGCAGGAAGCCAACCAGAGUGGGACAGGCAUCAACCCAUACUGUAGCCUGAUUGAGGAGGCUUAUGGUUUGGAUAAGAUAGAGUUCCUACAGAGCCAUGAGAACCAAGAGAUCUACCAGAAGGCCUUUGAUCUGAUUGAGCACUACUUUGGAGUAGAGGAUGACUCCGCUCUAGCUCCCCAGGUAGAUGAGAACCAGCAGCAAUUCAUCUUCCAGCAGCCUGAAGCCCCCAUGGAAGGUUUCCAGCUAUAAUGUGCCCGGAGCAAAAGAACACCAUGCACUUGCUGGAAAGCGACUUGGGAGCAGCUGAUCGUCCCAUCCCCUCCUUGCGAACGGAAGGCUAAAACACCCACUCCACCUGUUAGGAAACAAACCUUCCUUCAAACAACUAGAAACAGUGCUUUGUCCUCACAGAGAGAAGGGGAUAUCCUUACACUUUUCUUUUUGCUGCUGCAUACAUAUCUCUUGAAGCAGGCAUCUGGGUGGAGGAAAGGACACUGAGGUAAUAGCUCGCACCUCUUGGUGUUUGUGUGUUCUUUGUGGUGAUCUCUCACAAAUGUCACUUUUUACCUCGGGUACUUAAUUGAGAUUUCAGCGUUGGGUUGGGUAAGAACACAAAUAGAAAGUAAGCGUUCUGACAACAAUAAUUCUGGAAACCUGGGUUGAUCUAUUUAAUUUUUUUUGCACAUGUUACUCUAUUAAAGACUCUAAUUUGCCAAGAGCAAA